AUGGCCUCUGGCCGCCUCGUCUCACUUGGGGUCCAGACGGCGACACCCUCCACCAGAGCCGCUGCCGUGGGUCGCAGGAAACGGAGGGUCGCUUCUCACAGUCCCCCAGCCGGGCGGGCAUCCCAUUGCCAGCCGCCGGCCAUGCAGCCUGUGGGCAAAGAGGGGAACGGGCACUUCUUCAGGUUCUCGAUCUUGGGGAAAGGAGCCACCGGCAAAACCAGCGAAGACCAUCCAAAGGGCUUUGAAGGGACAGAACCAGAAGCCAAAGCCCAACAAAACCUGCCACCUCAGAGACCUGGCCGGCACGGUCUCGGCACCCGCUGGGUCUCCCAAAGGAAGCCGUCGCACGAGGGAUGGGGGCGCUGCUGUCAAGGCGGCUCUCCCCCCCCCAUCCGUGUUUCCACCGGGCAACAGCAGGAAGCUCAGGAGCCUUCCUUUGGGAAGGGGCUCCUCAAAGCCUCCCGUGGCUUGACGCUCCUCUCCACCCCAGCCUCUGGGGCGGUUUCGGAAGGACUGACCGAGAACGGAAGCCAUUCCGGCAGGAAGAACGCCGGAGCCAAGAGGGUGUGUGAGCGGUGCUCCAGGAACCCUCCGGGCGGAAGGACCAGUGAGAAAGACAAAGGGAGCUCCAGCGCCGGGGGUGCCAGCGAGGAUUCGGAAACACAAACAGGCACCCACACGCCUGCCUGCCUGGCAGAAAAGGGCACCCCUCCCCUUCAAACGUGGGCCGUCCCUGCUCCCUUCACCUGCAGAGGGAAGGCGGGCAGGCGCCGGCUGGCUGGCAUUCCCGUCCAUUUAAAGGACUUCCAUGCACCCCCUCCAGCAGUUUGCAGCCGAGAGCGGCGCUCGUUUAAGGCUACCAAACGGUCCAGUCAGUCGGAGGCGGACGCUGGCCCCACAUUUCAUCACCUGGGGGGGACAAAGGUGCCCCGAGGUCUUCCUCCCACACGCACCGCUCAAGGUGCAAGCAGCUCGUGGGCGCCUGAAGCCCAUCCCCCCCCCACCUCCUCACAGGCCACCACCGGGCAAUCUGAGGCUUCGCUUGGGGGUUUCCCACGUUCCAUCGACAGCAAAACGUACGAGCGAUCUGGGGCCCGACACGACCAUCUCGGGCAAAGACCCGAACAACUGAAUUACAGAAAAACCUUCACCCCGAGCUGUUUCCAGGCAGCUGGAGGGAACAGGGGACUCCAAAACCCACUCACAACUUUCAUCUUGGGGGGUGGCCCUCCAGAGGUCCUUCGGACGGGCCUGGGAGCCGCUCCGAGUCUCGCCUGAGGCGGUUUGUCUGUUCCUGCCCCGCUUCUCGCCCCAAGCAGCUCACGACGUGUUUAAACAAAGAACUGGCACAGUACAGGUAAAAACACCACAAGUUAUCAUUUUAAAACACAAGGUUAUGCCCUGCAGAGAUUUAAAUUCCCGGCCCCAGGAGUUUCAGCCCACAGACGUGGAACUAAUAGUGAGCAUCUUCCCCUAAGGGGGAAAGAUGUUGAAAGAGGCCCACUAUAGACAUACAAAGGAAGCAGACAGUGGAAAUGAUCGCUUCUUGAUCAAAAUUGCCUUCAAUACACAUUUUUAUGCAGUUUCUCAGGAGUAGGGUCGUGGGUGUUCCACUUUUUCAUUUUUAUGACCCAAAAUAUUGGCAGCUUAGUUUCACUGACUCUUCAAAGCCUGAGAACAUUUAUGUCAUAACAAUUGCAAUAUAAGACUCUUGUUGUUGUUUUUCGAGCCACCAAGUGGCCCCAGAAUAAAUCUGUUCUCCUGACUUUUUCCUCCCAUCUUUUUCCCUGCGAGUUCAAAAAACAGAACCUGCUGGAAAAAGUUAAUUAGUGUUGAAAGCAAAACAGAACUGAGACAGUGGUAGCGUGGGAGAAUGAGAGAGGCUACUGAACACCUGACACUUAUCCUAAGGUGGAAGGGGAAGCUCAUGUGGCAAUUAAAAAGCACCUGUUAAUUGGCCAGGGACGGCGGUGUUGCGGUGUGUUGUCAGGGCAUUGCGGAGUGACAGCAACCCUGCCAAAGGCGGGCCUCCCAAAGGUCUCAUGACACCAACAGGUCUUGGAAACUCAGGUGG